UGCCUUGCAAUAAAAAGGUACAUUGAUUACGUGAUAGUGAGACAAGGAAAUAAUUACUUGCAGUUAUAUUUAUUCAGUGACAAAGAAAAGUGUUGUGUACAAAAUGAAAUUCGAACUAUUGUUUUUAGUGUGUUUUACUUUAAUUGGGAAAACUGUAGGUCAGUUUCGAUGUUAUGCGUGCAGUUUUUCGUCAACGGAAUCUGAUCAGUCUUGUUUAACCAUAACGGAUGACACGCCGACAGUGGAAUGUACCAGUACAUUUUGUACGAUCUUCAGACAGGAGUAUGUAGAUCCUUCUGGAGUAGUGGCAAGUUUCAUACGAACUUGUGAAGCAGCACCAGAUUAUCUUAAUCACGAUAUCGUUGACUCCACUUUUCGAACUUACUAUAGAGCAUGCACCCAAGAUUUGUGCAAUAUUGGCGAUGGAGUCCAGUCCGUCGUUGGUGGUGGCCUAUCCCCUACACCGGAAUACACUGGAACGAAUCUGCUAAUUCCAGGCAUCGGACGUGGAAAUGCGACAAAACAUAAGAUAACAUUAGUUACAUAUAUUAUGACUUUAUGUGCUACUAUGCUUGUAUAUAAUUAAUAAAUUAAUAUAAUAAUAAAAUCUU